GAUUCGUUAUGUGCUUGCAUUUUAUCGCUGAAUAUUUGUGGCUUUUACUUUAGUAUAGACAUUACAUGGAUCAUAAACAUUAGGUUUUAUAUCUUUGUUUGUAUUGGUUGCGUUGAAGUCACUUUAUCUGCUCGUCAAGUACUUGCUAAGGGUGAAAGUAAAAAAAAGACAGCGCUGCUCUAAUACACAGUGCAGAAUAACGAGAUUACAAGACGGCCUGGUCUGUAGACAACGGAGACUGGAUAGUGGAUAGUAAUCAACUUACAAUAGUGACAUUUAUAGCACACUACUAGUGAUAAAACAGUAUAAACUGGUGUUAAAUAACAUAGUUGUGAGGUACCUUGGGAGUGGAGAUUAGUGACUACAGCAGGUGACUACACUUGGAGAUUAGUGACUACAGCAGGUGACUACACUUGGAGAUUAGUGACUACAGCAGGUGACUACACUUGGAUAUUAGUGACUACAGCAGGUGACUACAUCUGGAGAUUAGUGACUACAGGUGACUACAGAAAGGAAGCAGAGCUACAGCGUGGCAGGGAAUGACAUUACCUCUCACAGUGUCCCUCACUCGGUGGAGAAAACAACAGAAGUAACACAGGUUUAUCACAAAGUAGAGUUCACAUCACGUGGAUUUGCUGACUUCACCUCUUUUUCAACGCUCAGGAGAAAUCAAAAUUGGUACACACAACAAACACACGACACAUAUAAUUCUAACACGAUGUUCAACAACAGAUGGGAUUCACGGUUUAAAACGUCUUCUAGCUCAACUUCAAGUGCUAAAAGACGAGGGUGUGGGCCUAUCUCCGGCACCAAGGGAAGGAGGUCUACAGUGAUGAACGACGUUAAGAACGUACAGAACUCCAUAAACCUUCUUAACAAUCUCGUGACAGCAAAAAGGGGCCCACUUCCAGUGCCAGCCUGCAGAGACAUCAUCAAUAAGAUACCGAGUAGCAGUACAGUUCUCAGUGCCAGUGCUGACACCUCCAACAUCGACCCUUGUGACCCACUGGUGAAACUGGUGCCGUUUAUAGACCCAGUGCUGCCGUACCGUACCUCCAGUCCCUGCAGGAGCAACUUCAGAACUCUCUCCACCAUCACCCAGUUCCGGAGAAGUGUCUCUCUGAACCGAGUCAGCAUGGCCCCAUCCCUCACUUCUAUCAACAAUGCAGACAGUAUGUUUUCUCUAUCAGACAUCCGGAGCCCUCCACGGGAGGAACGUCCCUCUAAACUGAGUCCCUGCUCAUUGGUCUGCAAGGACUCAGACUCCCCUCACACCAGACAUCCCGACUCUAAACACCACACAGCCAGCACAGACCCACUGGACAAUGUACAAUGUACAAUGUACAAUGUACCAGACUCCCAGGUUACGAGACACCCUCUCAACACCACGUUUGAAACUGUCUCUUCUAACCAGGACUCUCCUCGGGAUAACCGGAGACGGUUAUUUAACCGGGGGACAGCGGGAUCAAGUGUUUCAGACUCCCAGCCUACAAGUCUGUCCUCUUACUAUACUAAUCUGGAGGAAGAUGAGGAAGAGGAGGAAGAUGAGGAAGAUGAGGAGGAAGAUGAGGAAGAUGACAUCAAGCAAGUCUGCAUUGAGAGAUGGUUAUGUGGGAUUCCUGGAGACUCUUCAUCUGCAGACGGCAAAAGUAUCGGGGUUAGUAUCCGGGGAUUAGAAGAAGAGGAAUGUCACUCUUCUAGACGAACUACCGCACAGAUCUCCUUGGAUAGGAGUUCCUCUGAAGACGGCUUUCUGUGUAACUGUGAGUUUGGGGGACCCGACGAAUGCUGUAUUUUCCACAACACCUCACUUGGGGGGUCCGCUCCAAUGCAGAGAUCUUUUAACCAAGACGUCUCAACAAGCGCGUAUCAUUCACCCGGAAAACAGACCUACACAUCGCAAAAAUGUGGUCGAUCGGCAGAGAAUAUGCAAAGGAAAAACUUUGACCCUAGCAAUAUAGACGGACUGAGUAUAUCAGACUCGACUGAAGAUAUAACUGAUUUGCUCUCUGGGGUAGAAUUAGGAUUUAGAGCCCAUUAUGACGAUUCCCAACCAUUAGAUAUGGAAAGUGGUCAAAGUCUCUCGACGUCCGGUCCUCGCUAUCAUUAUCAUAACUCAACCAACAGUGAUGAUAAUAAUGCAUCCUGCACAUACUUCCAGUCAGAUAACGAUGAGACAGAUCUGAAACGUUCUGGAGAGAUGGAUCAGGAGACAAACUCUUUAGCUAAAACUAGCCAUAACAACUCGAACAGGAUAUUGUCUGAUACUAGGCAAAUGGAAUGCCUGGAUACCAGCGACUCUUCUAUUACCUCAGAAACAUUAGUGACUUGCAAACUUGGCGAGGAAAGCGUAUCCGGGGAGAAACUGCCAUCAAAAUCUGAUGAUAGCGAAAUCGUCUCUAAAGAUUGCAAUGAAAAAAUCCCAACCCACUCUUCUGCAAUAUCCUCAAACUCAAAGUACCUUUCAGCUCAUUACAACCUGGAAGACGUACCUAAAGCCAAGUCUCCCUGUGUUGAGGAUUUUGAUAAAAUGUCAGAAGACAGCUUUUUUACUGAGUCAGACAGCAAUUCUUUAAUUGGCGGUAUUAUAAGAAGUAUGGUUGGAGUUUGAACUUUUUAAUUUUUUGGAUUACUGCCAUUUUUAUGAGCUUCUUCUCAAAUAAAUGGUGAUUGGAGGUGGUCGCGCACGACUUUUUAUUGAAGCAUCAAGCAAUUAUAGUAUGAAUGGAAAUGAAACACUAUAGUUUUUUAAUCAAAUAUAAAUCAAUUAUUGUGGAUAUAUGAUAAUAAGUUAUGGAAAUAUGGAACACCAAUAUCAAUGAUUUUUAACUUAUGCAAUCGUAACGCUUUUAAAAAUUUGAAAUUGAAUCGAAACGUUCUGGUUACACUUACACUUACAGUUAUUCUAUGAAAAAAUUUGUCAGUGGUUACAUUUUUGCGGAAACCCUGCAUCGAAUAAAAUAUAAAUUUUUAAAAUAUGAUUGAAAAUAAAGUAAAAUUAUUCUUUCGGAUCGUAUAUAUCGGCUUUUAUUUUUCAAUAAUCCAAGUAUUUAAAUUUUUAGCUCUUGUAAAGACAGAAUAACCCAAGAUUGACUACAAAAG